UCCCCGUUCCGCUGCCCGCGCGUGCUGCGCGUGCCCGCCUACCUGAGCUACCGCUUCCUGGGCGAGCGCGACUGCGCCGCGCCCUGCGAGCCCGCGCGCCCCGACGGCGCGCUCUUCUUCUCGCAGGAGGAGACGCGGUUCGCGCGCCUCUGGAUCCUCACGUGGUCCGUGCUGUGCUGCGCCUCCACCUUCUUCACCGUCACCACCUACCUGGUGGACAUGCAGCGCUUCCGCUACCCCGAGCGCCCCAUCGUGUUCCUGUCCGGCUGCUACACCAUGGUGUCUGUGGCCUACAUCGCGGGCUUCGUGCUGCAGGAGCGCGCCGUGUGCAACGAGCGCUUCUCGGACGACGGCUACCGCACGGUGGUGCAGGGCACCAAGAAGGAGGGCUGCACGCUGCUCUUCAUGGUGCUCUACUUCUUCAGCAUGGCCAGCUCCAUCUGGUGGGUCAUCCUGUCGCUCACCUGGUUCCUGGCGGCCGGCAUGAAGUGGGGCCACGAGGCCAUCGAGGCCAACUCGCAGUACUUCCACCUGGCGGCCUGGGCCGUGCCCGCUGUCAAGACGGUGGCCAUCCUGGCGCUGGGCCAGGUGGACGGCGACCUGCUGAGCGGCGUGUGCUUCGUGGGGCUGCACAGCCUGGACCCGCUGCGCGGCUUCGUGCUGGCACCGCUCUUCGUGUACCUGUUUGUGGGCACGUCCUUCCUCCUGGCGGGCUUCGUGUCCCUCUUCCGCAUCCGCACCGUCAUGAAACACGACGGCACGAAGACGGAGAAGCUGGAGCGCCUCAUGGUGCGCAUCGGCGUCUUCAGCGUGCUCUACACGGUGCCGGCCACCAUCGUGCUGGCCUGCUACUUCUACGAGCAGGCCUUCCGCGAGCGCUGGGAGCGCUCCUGGGUCAGCCAGCACUGCCGCAGCCUGGCCAUCCCGUGCCCCGCGCCCCACGCGCCGCGUGCCGCGCCCGACUUCACGGUCUACAUGAUCAAGUACCUCAUGACGCUCAUCGUGGGCAUCACGUCGGGCUUCUGGAUCUGGUCUGGCAAGACGCUGCAGUCGUGGCGCAAGUUCUACGCGCGCCUGGCGCGGAGCCGGCGCGGGGAGACCACGGUGUGAAAGCGCGGGGCUACGACAGACCCCACCCUGGAGCCGUCCUUGCCCCCUCGAGGUUUGUAAUUAGAACUGUAAAUAGUCUUUGCAAAUGUAAUUAUAUAUUUUCUAUUUAAAAAAAAAAAGAGAGAAAAAAAGAACAGGAGGACUCCCCGGCUGAAGACAGUACGGUGCCCAAGGAGCCCGCCCGGGGCUGGGAUCUGGGGGUCUCCUGCGGGUCCUGGGGGACCCAGGAGCCGGUUCCUUGCAGCUGCGCCUGGAGCCAGUCCUGCCGCCUGUGCUUUCGCGCGGCCUGCGGAGCCGCGGGAUGACUUGGAUCCUUUCCACAUUUCCCUCCCUCCGCGUUUGUGCUGUCCCCCUCACGCGGUGCUUGGAGACCUCCUACCCGAAGGGAAAAAAAGAACAAAACAAACGCGGGCGGAGGCGGGAGCGGACGGUGGGCCCGGCCCAGCGCCCUCACCUGCAGCCUGAAGGUCUACCGCAUCUUCCCGCGGCUCCGGCACCAAUCACCCGCCCCCGCGCCCCACUUUGGUCCAGGUCCUCUCCUCUGCCUGGGUUUUUAGGGUCCCCCUAGCCUUCGAACUGGGUGGAAACUCUGGAGUUUUGAGACCCUACGUCGCUCCCCUACUUUCCCUGCAGUCUGCGCUGCCCUCAGCCGAGGGAAACUCCUCCCUCGGGCGCGGUAGCAGCUUCGGGGUUGGUUUGUGAGUUAUAAGUGGAGUUUUAUUGUCGUUUGGGGCCUUUCUUUGUUUCUAUUCCAAAAAAGCAGAAAAUGGGUUGCAGUGGAGGAAGGUACUGAUGGGGUGGUGGGAUUUUUUAGUUUAUUCUGACAAAAGACUGGUUUCUUUUCAAACUUGUCCAGAAGAAAAAAGAAGGGAAAAAGAAGUGGGUGGCUGCCCCGGGAGAGGCCCGGCAGCGGGGGCCGCGGGCCGGGCGGUGGGAUGUGGAACAGAUGUUUCUUAUCUUCCCCUCCCCCCAAAUAAAGCAGAGACUUUCCCUCCGUGCUGCCUGCCGAGCGGCGCAAGGAGCGUCUGCCGGCCGCCAGCACCCGCUCCCUCGACGCCGGGGAACAUUUUAGAAGUUUGAUUCCACAGGACUGGUCGGAAGACGACUCGGCCGGCUAUCUCGGCUUUCCCACCUCCUACUUCUUGAUAAUCGUGCAAAUUAGAAGCUAAUAAUCAUAAUAAUAAAGUGCAUUUAACUAUCUUCCCGA